AUGCCUACGUUAAUGCAAUCGAAUGCCUCAAUAUCUUCCCCGGCCCUGCAAAAUUUUUUUUCCGAAUUCCACGAACGCGAACUGGGAGUGGCGUCCUUCAGGCUCCUGUUUUCGUUAUUCUGUACUGAAAGCUCGAAGCAUAGUCCGCUGGUAUCGUUCGUAGUGAUGACUUCGAGGAAUUUAAUGGUAGGUGAUAUGCGCAUAGACAUCGACGGAGUGACAGUAACGGACAGUCGAAACAAUGAGGCGUCGCACGGCUUGCAGCUGCAAGCGUCACGCGACCAGGACCACAUGCAACUGCAACAACGCGAUCGGGAGCAGUUGCAUCGCGACAAGUUGCAGCAGCAACGCGAUCGCGACCGUGAACGGGAGCAUUUGCAUCAGUUGCAGUCUAUCAGCAACUUACUGUUAGACCUGCCGCCGCCGGCCAGCUUCCAAGGGUACUCGCAUGACGCUCCUCCUUGCGUGCAACCCAACAAGAGUAACAUCGAUGGAGACAUGUCAAUUUCGGAUUUAUUCGGACUGGGUUUGCCCCGAGGAUCGCUGAUAGGCAGCCAGUCAACAGCAGCGUCUCCUAGUUGCCGUAAUUAUCAGUAUCAGGGUCGCAAUCAGGGAUCCUCUCAGCAUUAUCAGUGUGAUGAUAGGAAUGGAAUUUGUUCGAACUCGUCGAUGCUAGACGUCCCAAGCUCUCCAAGUUCCAUUACCACACCUGGCAGCCCUAGCACACCCGGAAGUCUCUACUCUAACCCUUAUUCGUACACGUCUACGAAUAGUAGUAAUCAGACAACAUCGUCGCCAACGAGUCGAGGAUCUACGCAGCAUAUAGGUUCACCGUCAUCCCCCAUUCAUUCUCCUUACUUCGGAAGACCAAUUCGUGGAUCUCCACCUUACAGCGACUGUAGUAGUCCAACGUUCGAGUAUCCUCACGUGAUGGGAUUCAAUGGAUCAAGAUCGAACUCACCGGCAGAUUCGGAAACCAGUGGUAUUAGUAGUAUGGAUGGUUCUUUAUCUGAUAUAAUGAACUGUUUAUCGAUGAACUCAUCAUCGCACGGAUGUUACCCUCAGUCUCUGAGUUCGUUGAUGUCACCGGAAGUGGAUUUAUGUGCGACCAAUAGAGCAGCCGCGUUUCAACGAAUGGCGGUGAAAAAGUACUUAUCUUCACCCCAUCAGAAUUCAUCGUCGACGCAUCAUCAUCAUUCACACGGACACAAUCGCGGUCAUCAUUACGGAUCGAAUCAAAACGGCGGUUUCCUCAAUUCCCUUCUGUCACACGACAAAAACUGUUGUUCCCCUGGGAAUCAUAUGAUGGCACUGAACUCGUCGCCGUUAAAUAUAUUAGAUCCGCAGAUCUCUCUCGAACGUGUAGCACGUUUUCAUCGAAGUGCCGCUGCACUUUGUGAUCCAACUUGUACUUGGAGUGGUAUAUUGCCACAACGCACUCAAAAACCAUCAGGUUAUUCAUCUAAGGUAUUCCUUGGUGGUGUACCUUGGGAUAUUACCGAGUCUCUCUUAAUUGCUACUUUCAAGCAAUUUGGGCAGAUACGAGUAGAAUGGCCGGGCAAAGAUCAGUCCGCCACCCAGCCAAAGGGAUAUGUAUAUAUAAUAUUUGAGUCUGAGAAACAGGUGAGAACUCUGUUGACAUGUUGUACACAUGAUUUUACAAACGGUGGCAGUUGGUAUUACAAAAUAUCAUCUAAACGUAUGAAAGCAAAAGAGGUACAAGUAAUACCUUGGGUUCUUGAAGAUAGUAAUUAUGUGAAGUCUUCAUCGCAGAAACUUGAUCCUCACAAAACAGUGUUUGUCGGCGCUCUCCAUGGUAUGCUAACCGCUAGUGGUUUAGCGAAAAUAAUGGAUGAUCUGUUUCGUGGGGUUAUUUAUGCAGGCAUUGAUACUGACAAACAUAAGUAUCCAAUCGGAUCUGGUCGCGUUACGUUUAGUACAAAGCAUUCAUAUAUGAAAGCAGUUUCAGCUGCUUUCAUAGAAAUAAAAACUGCCAAAUUUACAAAAAAGGUGCAAGUCGAUCCAUAUUUAGAAGAUUCUAUGUGUUCUGGAUGUUCCGUGCAACAAGGACCCUAUUUUUGUCGUGAAGUGAUGUGUUUCCGGUACUUCUGUCGCAGUUGCUGGCAAUGGCAGCACUCGAUGGAAUCAAUGUGGCACCACAAGCCUUUAAUGCGUAACUCGAAGACAAAUCAAGUGGUCGGAUUAUCACCAAACGUAAAUUCUGGAUCUCGUGGAAUGAAUAAUCCCACAAUUUAA